AUGUUGUCUCUUGCUCAGGCAUCUGCUUAUGCCGCCGUGAGCGCGUUGGCCUUAAUUGUGUUGAACCUCGCACGCCAGCUGCUCCUCCAUGACAAGUCCAAGCCACCUGUUGUUUUCCACUGGUUGCCUUUUCUAGGGAAUACCAUUAGCUAUGGAAUGCAACCGUACUCUUUCUUUCUCCUCGAACAGUAUGGCGACAUCUUUACCUUUGUGCUGCUAGGGAAGAAGACAACCGUGUAUUUGGGAGUCCAGGGUAACGACUUCAUCCUCAAUGGCAAGCUGAAAGAUGUGAACGCCGAGGAGGUGUAUAGUCCUCUUACCACGCCUGUCUUCGGGUCCGAUGUCGUGUACGACUGCCCCAACUCCAAGCUCAUGGAACAAAAGAAGUUCAUGAAAUUCGGCCUCACACAGAAGGCGCUGGAGUCACACGUCUACCUGAUCGAGAAGGAAGUUUUGGAUUUCCUCAAGACAUCGCCAAAGUUCAAGGGUCCCUCUGGGGUGGUCGACAUUUCAGCAGCUAUGGCGGAGAUUACUAUCUUUACCGCGGGCAGUGCACUCCAAGGCCCGGAAGUGCGCCAGAAGCUCACAGCGGAGUUUGCUGAGCUGUAUCAUGACCUCGAUAAAGGCUUUACCCCCAUCAACUUUAUGCUUCCUUGGGCUCCAUUACCGCAAAAUCGGAAACGCGAUGCGGCGCAUGCCCGUAUGCGUGAAAUCUACACAGAUAUCAUCAACAACCGACGCAAGAACCCUGCCCAGGAGAGCUCGGACAUGAUCGCAAACCUCAUGCAGUGCACCUACAAAGACGGAACCCCGGUGCCAGACAAGGAAAUUGCCCACAUGAUGAUCACAUUACUUAUGGCCGGCCAACACUCGUCGUCGUCCAUUAGCUCUUGGAUUAUGCAUCGAUUGGCUUCGGAACCGGACGUCCUCGAGGAACUGUAUCAGGAGCAAGUCACCAACAUCGGUCACGGCUCGACCGACCUGCCUCCUCUCGAGUUCACGCAUUUGGAUCAACUACCUCUCCUUCAAAGCGUCAUCCGAGAAACCCUCCGCAUGAACUCUUCCAUCCACUCCAUUAUGCGACAGGUCAAGAACCCCCUUCCCGUCCCUGGAACUUCAUAUGUCAUCCCCACCGACCACGUGCUCCUUGCAUCCCCUAUCAUGACAGCCAUGAGCGACGAGCACUUCCCCAACGCACACAAAUGGGACCCACACCGCUGGGACGAUCACCAGGACAAGGAAGAAGACGGCGGAGAGGUAGUCGACUACGGCUAUGGCAAGGUCUCUAAGGGAACAGCGAGUCCGUAUCUUCCUUUCGGCGCUGGCCGUCACCGCUGCAUUGGUGAGAAGUUCGCGUACCUCAAUCUCGCGGUCAUUGUGGCGACGCUCGUGCGCAACAUCAAGCUGUUCAAUGUGGAUGGUCGGAAAGGGGUUCCAGAAACCGACUACUCGUCUCUCUUUUCUGGACCUGUGAAGGGCGUCAAGAUCGGAUGGGAGCGGCGAUCCCUUUAG